AUGGCGUCCCAAACCCCCGCCGUUGUCAUGGACAACGGUACGGGAUACUCGAAGCUUGCUGGACCUGGCGGACAUCUCUCUGGCAAACGCGGCACCGAGGAUCUCGACUUCUUCAUUGGUGACGAAGCUCUUGCCGCAGCCGGAGGUGCGGGCUAUGGCAUCAACUACCCAAUCAGACAUGGCCAGAUCGACAAUUGGGAUCUAAUGGAGCGCUUCUGGUCCAACUCGAUAUUCAAGUACCUGAGAGUGGAGCCUGAGGACCACCACUUCCUACUCACCGAGCCAGUACGCCAUGCUGUCCCAAACGCUAGUGGUGCAUGA